AUGUCUGUGCCAACAACAACACAGAUCACCAGUUUACUGGAUAAAAUGACAUCAAACGAUAAAGAUUUUCGCUUUAUGGCAACAAAUGAUUUGAUGACAGAUUUACAAAAAGAAUCAAUUAAGUUAGAUGAUGAUAGUGAACGACGUAUUGUCAAAGGUGUAUUAAAAUUACUAGAAGAUCAUAACGGUGAAGUACAAAAUCAAGCUGUUAAAUGUUUGGGACCAUUAGUUUGUAAAGUAAAAGAGAAUCAAAUCGAAGUUGUUAUCGACACAUUAUGUACAAAUAUUUUUAGUAAUAAUGAACAAUUACGAGACAUAUCGAGUAUUGGUUUGAAAACUGUUAUUAAUUCACUAGCUCUUUUACAUACAUCAACAAUGGCAAUUAAUAUUAGUAGAAAAAUAAUGAGUCGUUUAAUUAGCUUUAUUCAACGUGACGAACAGCUACAGGGUGAUUCAUAUAAUAAUGCCACAUCACAUUCAUCAUCUUAUUCUAAAACAAGCCAACAAACAUCGAAAGGUGGUAGUGAAGUAUCAGGAAGCAAUACAUUGAUUAUGAUUGGAAAUGGUGGGCAAAAUCAAUUAGAAAUUUUAGAUAUAAUUAGUGAUAUGUUAGCAAGAUUUGGUUCGAAUCUAUCAUCCUUUCAUCUACAACUAAAACAAAUUUUACUUAAUCAUUUGAAUUCAUCGCGUUCAGCUGUUCGAAAACGUGUUACAAAUUCGUUAAGUUAUUUGCUAUCGUCGUGCAAUAUUCAAUUGUUCAAUGAAGUUUUAACAAUAAUAUUAGAAGAAUUAAAACGUAAACCAUCGCUAGCCAAAAAAACAUCGUCUUCUUCAACAGUAAACAACAACAUGACAAAAACCUAUAUUCAAGCACUAACGUCAAUAUGUCGUUUAGCAUCACAACGUUUAAGUGACCAUAUGCGUGAUGUUAUUGAAAUAACUAUAUAUUACAUCGAUAAUGGGUCAAAUUCUCAACAACAACACGAUGAUGAAUUGAUCGAAUUUUCUUUACAAGCCAUUGAAACAUAUUUAAAACGUUGUCCAAAAGAAACAAAUGAAUAUGUAGCAAAAUUAAUUAAUUUAUGUUUACGAUAUAUUAAAUACGAUCCAAAUUGGAAUGAUCAAGAAGAUGAAGAUGAAGAUAGUGGAAAUGAAGACGAAGGAAACGAUAGUGAACAAGAUGAUAAAGGUCAAGACGAUUACUCGGACGAUGAUGAUGUAUCAUGGAAAGUUCGACGAGCAGCGACAAAAUGUUUGGAAGCUGUUAUUAUUACACAUCAUGAAAUGUUAAAUGCCUAUUAUAAACAAAUCGUACCAGUAUUAAUUGAACGUUUCAAUGAGCGAGAAGAUACAGUUAAAGGCGAUAUAUUUCAUUGUUUCAAUACAAUAUUACAACAAACAAAAGCCUAUUAUUCACAUUCAGUAGCCAAUGAACAACUAUCGAUGGAUACCACAGACGAUAGUAUGGAAACUGAUAUUGUUGUUGAUAAAGAUCGAAAUCCAAUUGUACAAUUAAAAUACUAUAUACCAGCAAUUGUUAAAUCGUUAUCAAAAAUCUUAAAACAUAAAAAUACAAAAAAUCGUGAAAAUGCCUUUAUUGUUCUAACAAAUCUUGUUCAUGUACAACAUAAUUUAUUAAAUGAAUACAUUGAUGUUAUUUUACCAAAUGCAUUAUAUUCUCUUUCAACGGGUACUAUUACAAACGGCAAAAAAUCAACAAAGUCAGAUCUAACCAAUACAACACUAGCAAAAACAGCCAUUCAUUCAAAUUUAAAAAUCACAGCCUUGUCAUUUUUAUAUUCACUAUUACAAUCUCACGAUGAUACAACAAAAUUUCAUAAACACAUUAAAACUAUGUUACCAUUAAUUAUUGUAUAUGCUAAUGAUACAUUUUAUAAAAUAGCUUCAGAAGCUUUGCUCGUAUUACAACAAUUAAUUAAAAUAAUAAGACCAAAUGAAUCAUUGAUUAAUCAGGAUUUUAAACAGUACGUCAAUGAAAUAUAUCAUUGUACACAAAAACGAUUGAAACAAACAGAUAUUGAUCAAGAAGUUAAAGAACGAGCAAUUAUAUGUUUUGCUCAUGUUAUUGCCUAUUUAGGCGAUUUACUUCCUGUCGAUUUACUCAAUGCAUGUUGGCCUGUACUUGAAGAACGUUUAAAAAAUGAAAUAACACGUUUACCGACUGUUCGUGCAUUAACAAAAAUCAUUGAAUCAUCAUUACAUCUUGAUUUACAGCCAAUUCUUCUCCAAACAAUUCCAAUAUUAUCAUCUUAUCUAAGACAAAAUCAUCGUACUCUAAAAAUGAGCACGUUAACAUGUUUGACAUCAGUUGUAAAUUAUUAUUAUUCUACAAAAUAUUUAACAAAUGAAUUACUACGUACGAUUAUCGUUGAAAUUCCAAAUUUAGUAACAGAAAAUGAUCUAUUAAUAUCACAGUUAGCAUUGAAAUUAAUAACCGUUAUCUGUAUUAAACAACAAACAAUCGAUAAACAAACAAUUCAAUUAACUCUAACUCAAGUUUUAACGUUAAUACAAUCACCAUUAUUACAAGGAACAGUAUUAGAUUCGGUUAUUGAAUUCAGUCAAGCAUUAGUACCAAAAACGAUACCCUAUAAAGAUUUUGUUAACAUGUUCAUUAAACCGAUCUAUCAGCCUAUUAAUACAGGUAGCGCUCAAUCAUCAGCAUCAACAAUCACUAUGUUUGGACAUGAGUCACAACAAAAUUCUCUAGUUGUACAUAAACAAGCAUUUUAUUCAAUAGCAAAAUGUUUUGCUGCUGUUACGGUGAAAAAUCUCAAUGAUGGACAAUAUUUUAUUAAUAAAUUUCAAGAUGAUUUAAAUAAUCAAAAAACUAGUGAUUCGAUUAAAAUUUUAGCAUUAUUAUGUCUGGGAGAAACUGGUAAAUACACUGAUUUGGCCCAAUCAUCAAUAAAUUUACAACAAAUUAUUUUGGACACAUUUUCAUCAUCAUCAGAAGAAUUACGUAAUGCUGCUUCAUACGCACUAGGUUAUAUUGGUAUCCGUAGUUUAGAUAAACAUAUCCCGUUUAUAUUAAAUGAAAUAACGGCAAAUCAAUCGAAGAAACAAUAUUUAUUAUUACAUUCACUAAAAGAAAUCAUCACUUAUCAUAGUCACACUCAGAAUGAUAAUUAUAAAUUGUUACGUCCAUAUAUUAAUGAUAUUUGGUCAGCAUUAUUUGCUCACUGUGAAUGUUCUGAAGAGGGUACACGAAAUGUUGUUGCCGAAUGUUUGGGUAAAUUGACGUUAUUGGAACCAGAAAAAUUAUUGCCAAUAUUACGUGAAAGUUUUUUAAAAAAUCAAGCUGAAGAUAAAGUACAUAUACGUAGUACAAUAUUGACAGCAGUCAAAUUUACAAUAUUAGAUCAACCACAACAUAUUGACAAUAUUUUGCGUUUAUAUAUCAAAGACUUUUUAAAUGCAUUAGAAGAUUCAAAUAUUCAUAUUAAACGUGUAGCAUUGGUGUUGUUUAAUUCAGCUGCUCAUAACAAACCCGUAUUAAUUCGUGAUUUAUUGGAAGAUUUUUUGUUAGAAAAAUUAUAUAACGAAACAAAAGUUCGUCCAGAAUUAAUUCGUGAAGUUGAAAUGGGUCCAUUUAAACAUACCGUAGAUGAUGGUUUAGAUUUACGUAAAGCCGCUUACGAAUGUAUGUACACAUUGUUAGAUACAUGUCUAGAUAAAUUAGAUAUAUUUGAAUAUUUAAAUUAUGUUGAAAAUGGUUUGAAUGACCAUUACGACGUUCGAAUGUUGACAUUUUUGAUGGUCAUUCGUAUUAGUAUUUUGAUGCCAAAUAUUGUUCUUCAACGUCUGGAACGUUUGAUUGCACCUUUGAAAAAAAUUAUUGAUACGAAAAUCAAAGCCAAUAGUGUUAAACAAGAAUGUGAAAAGAAUGAUGAAUUAAAACGUGCAGCUAUCAAAUCAUUUUUGGCAUUACAACAAAUAAAAGAUGCCGAUAAAUCAACGGCUGUUAUGAGUUUUUUAAAUUUUAUUAAAGGGUCAUCAGAAUAUAAUCAAAUGUAUGAAUAUGUACAACAUGAACAACAGCAACAACAAACAAUUAUAAACACGAGUAAUAAUACGGCGGAAAUGAUGGAUCUAUCUUAA